GGAUUAUUAGUAAUCAACCUCCUCCUUGGCCCGGGAGUCCCAACUUCCAAGUUAACAGCACUGUGUAAACCAUGGCCUCUAAUAAACCGCCCGAAGACGAAGAUAACGCGCACGUUGGCCUGUUUAGGCGAUCAUGGACUGCAGUUUUUCCGUUCUCUUCAUCCGCGUUAGCCACUCUUCCCGAAAACACCCAACGGCCCGUGCGUUACACAAGAGAAGAUGAUAUCCCAGACGUGGAGCACGACAUUGAUGGGCAAAGACCUACCAUCAGAGAUUACAAUGCCAUCAACUCUGUUCCGCCUCAGAUACGUGUUCCGAAGAAGGUGGCGACGUCUCUGAAGAUCGAGGGAAAGGUAUGGUUCGCCAAUGAAAGGACAUGGAUAUCCUGGCUGAAUCUUGCUGUGCUACUGGGAACUUUGGCGCUUGCCCUCUUCAAUGCGUCGAAAGACAUUGUAGCCCAAAGAUUUGCAUAUACUUAUGCCUUGAUUAGCAUCGGUGUUUUGGUCUACGGUUUUGUAAUCUAUCAGAAUAGGAUCACUAUGAUUCGCAAACGCGACCCUGGGCAUUACGACCACAUCGUUGGACCUGUCCUUAUCAGCGCACUUCUGUUCUUCGCAGUCUUGGCCAAUUUUGUAAUUCGAGUGCGCGAGCUACAAUCAAAAGAGGUCCCUAUUCCUGGUCUAGGAUCUCUAUACCACGUUACUAGCGCACUCGUUACGUCUGGCAGUCACCCAUAGCUUCAAUAUGUCAAUGAAAUUUCGGACUCUUCUGGGCUGCUCACUCGAUCCCAUAUCGAGAUCAACUUGCUGGUACCCAAAAGAAAGGUCAACACCCAAUCCUUCCAAUGGUUUACCAUUGUUACAUGAAGCAUGUUACUAGGCCUCGCGUAGAUAUAUAUGCCGUUUUUGCCGAGUGCCACAUGCACCCGCUUUCUACUAUUUCCUCAGUCCGUGGUCCACACUCAG